GAUAUGGAUUUUUUUCGCGCCGGCGCGAACGAUAAACGCGUACGUGUCCGUUUCUGCUCCAAAUAUAAUGUUUUAAUAUUGGCUUUAGCAUGAGUUCCAUGAGUUAAAUAAUUUGUUAGCUGCAAAUUCCAAACAUGUUUUUAUUUCUUAGAUUUGAAAUGUGACAACAUAAAAAAAUUAUUAAAAAAGUACCUAAAAUUUCCUCGACUACUUGUAAAAUAUUAAAUUAAUAAUGGGUUCAAUAGUUUUAAAGAGUUUAUCAAUUCUUCUUGGUGUAUUUUUUAUUUUCGUUGGCAUCACGAAAUUAACACCGUUUAUUUCUAAGGAAUUGCACAAGGAUUUGCGAAAGGAGUACGUCAGAUAUGCAAAAGUGUUUCCACUCACUGAAAUGCUGGACUUCAAGAUACCGUCGAAAUGGUAUCGAAGGGUGGUCGGGGGCCUGGAAAUAUUCUUCGGAUUGGCGCUCGCUCUUAUUCCUAGCCAUAAAGUGAAAAAUGCGGCUAACAUCGGGCUGGUGCUGCUGAUGAUUCUUGCGGCGUACUCCCACUUGAUGGUGGGGGACCCCUUCGACCGCUGCGCGCCCGCUCUUGUCUUCUUCUUCAUGCUCAGUGGACGGCUCGUUGUGUGGUACCAGACAAGUCGACGAGAGGAGAUGGAGAAGGCCGCCGCCACGCAAAACGGGAACGGACUCAAGAGGGACUAAGACUUAUCCCCGCAAUAACCUAUUACUAGUCUGUAGUUAGUGUUUUAUAUACAUACAAACAAAUAAAACCCAGCGCACUUCAUUUUAAUAGAGGCACAAAUUAUAGUUCGUUUGCUACCACUGUGAUUGUUGCUAGUCAUUGGACGCGAGUUCCGACGCUUUUUUAAAUGUAUCUGUAACGUUUUAGACAUUUUAUGACCGAAAGGUGGAUUGACAUUUUUUACAUUUUCACAAAACGUUUUACGUAGGUAAGAAUUUAUACUUUAAAGUGAUAUUAUUGUAAGCGAUGCGUACUAGGUUCGUUUUGUGUGAAUGUGUUUGUAGUGUGAAGUCUGUGUGGGUAUUGUAUUAGAUGGGCCGAGAAACUGCCACUUUAUAGUACAUUUAGAAUUAAUAUACUUAAUGCACAUGAUUAAUGUUUGCUCAAUAAAAACGAUUACCUGAUAAUAUUUUGCAUGUUGAGAUUUGAGAAGCCAGUGGCGCCAUCUAUUGUAUUGUCAAUUUAUAACAUUGUGUUGUAAAUU